AUGAUCAAAACCAUCGGCCCUGGCGUCGUGAUCGACACCAACCCCCCAUACAGGCGAUGGGACGGUAAUCAGGCGACCUACCUCUUCUUCCCCGUCUUUGCGUCGCUGGUGCUCACGCUCAUCGGGACGCUGUCAGCGCCCGUCAUUCCUGGCUUGGCGACGGUCGAGGUGCACUCCAAGUAUGGCGAGGGUGUGGUGAAGCUCGGCGCUUGGGGCAUGUGUAUCGAGGACUUUCCUCACUACACGUCCAAGUGUCUCUCGUACGGUAUCUUUGGAAACAAUACCCAGGCACUCGCGGACUUGCCUACUGGUGUGCUGGCUAUGGGUAUCCUCCCCUCGCCGGUGGACGACUCGUACAAGAUCGCCAAUGGGAUCAUGCACGUACUCUCCUGCUUCGUCUCGUGGCUCGCUGUCACUUGGGCCCUUGCCGCAUCGGGCGAGUUCGAGAACAAGGGCGCGCACGCCUGGGACUGGACCAGAUGGGCUUGGUGGGGGAAUACCGCGAGUCUGAUCGUUGGGAUUGUUCCAUUCGCGCUCGAUGUGGCGCUUAUCCCGAAAACGGCGGGAUCGAUCAAGCUCGAGGACGGGUCCCACGGCAAGGUGUAUCCUGGCUCUACCAUUUACAUGUCCGCCGCGGCGGUCACUCUCAACCUCAUCACUCUCUUCGUCCGCUACCUUUGGUCCCGCCGCCAGCCCCGCCCCAGCUGGACCGAGGGCGACUUCCACGUCAACCCCUUGCCGCCCGCGCCAGGCAGCGAUCAGGCCGGACUGGGAACCAACAAGGAUCUCCCGGCGGUGCCGUAUCCCCACUUUGGGGAGUCGGUGCAGGAUCAGCCGCCUAGCUGGGAAAGCCUCAGCAUCGAUUCCGCGCUUCAGGCCAAAGAGAAGGAGUGGAGCAGGGCGGAUGACGCCGUGCAUGUCGUCGAGGAGAAACGAGGCAGUCUCGUCAAGGACGGCUAUGCCGUCUGA